AUGGCUCCCGGUGCUCUUAUCGACGACGCCUCUCAGGCUCCCCUUCCCCAGGUCAAGAAUGCCGAUGCUCCGCGGUCAAUCUUUCCCGACGGCAUCCGGACUUCGGGCCAGCAUCCUCCUCUUUACGAUAUCCUGAAGCCCUACUCAGAGUUUCCCAAGGAGGUCUCUGGUCCCACACUCUGGAAGAAGGAGGACUAUGAGAACCAUCCCGAGCGGUGGACGCACCCCUUCACCGACGAGGAGAUCCAGGAGCUCAGCGACACUGCCGAUAGGUUUAUCGCCAGCGGCACUCCCCUCACCGGUAUCUCCAAGUCCAACUUUCCCCUCCCCAAGCUCGGCAAGGUUCUUGAGACCCUGCGGGAAGACCUCCUCGACGGAAAGGGUUUCAUUCUCUUCAAGCGUUUCCCCGCUGCUGUAUGGGGACCUCACAAGAACGCCGUCGCCUACAUGGGUCUUGGAACCUACAUCGGCUACUUUGUCUCCCAGAACGGUUUGGGCCAUGUGCUCGGCCACGUCAAGGACGUAGGCGAUGAUGCUACCCAGAUCGACAAGGUGCGCAUCUACCGCACUGCGGCUCGUCAGUUCUUCCACGCAGACGACUCUGAUAUUGUCGGUCUUCUAUGCGUGCACCGUGCCCAGGAGGGCGGCGAGAGCGACAUUGUCAGCAUCCACAACGUGUGGAACACUCUUCAGCGGGAGCACCCCGACGUAGCUGAGCUUCUCACUAAGCCUGUGUGGUACUUUGACCGCAAGGGUGAGACUUCUGAGGGUCAGGAGGAGUGGCUGCGUCAGCCCAUCUUCUACAUUGAGAAUGGUGGAAAGGGCCGUGUGUACUGCAAGUGGGAUCCUUACUUUGUGCGAUCUCUCUCACGCUUCUCCGACAAGGGUCUUAUCCCUGCUCUGAGUGAGGAGCAGAAGCGUGCCAUUACAAUCCUAGAAGAGACUUGCCAGAAGCUCGCUCUUCACAUGGUCCUCGAGGUCGGCGACAUUCAGUUUGUGAGCAACACUCACCUGCUUCACGCCAGAACCGCAUACAGGGACUUUGCUCCUCCUGCUCCCCGAAGACACCUUCUCCGUCUCUGGCUAUCGACGCCUGAGACUGAGGGUGGUUGGGCUCUGCCGUUCCACGACAGCAAGGAGAAGAAGCGAGGAGGCAUCCAGGUGAACAACAACGCCCCCAGGUGCCCCCUGGAUGCUGAGUAA